CUAAUAUGAAUUGUUCAUAGUACAAUACUGGUGACUUGCAGAGCCGAUCUCAAUUUUCCUGAGCACUUUAAGCUAGGUGCAGCCACUUCUUCGUAUCAGAUAGAAGGCGGAUGGAACGCUGAUGGUAAGGGUGAGAGCAUAUGGGACAGGUUCGUCCACGAGAACUCUGCAGACAUCAAGAACGGAGCCACGGGAGACGUCGCGGCGGACUCCUACCACCAGUGGAGGGAAGAUGUCAGGAUCGCUGCCAACAUGGGACUGCAGUUUUACAGAUUUUCAAUAAGUUGGCCUCGUAUCCUGCCAACUGGCUUCGAUAACAAGAUCAAUCAGGCUGGUGUCAAAUACUACAGUGACCUCAUUGACGCUCUCCUGGCGGAGGACAUUGAACCCGUCGUAACGAUGUACCAUUGGGAGAUGCCUGUGAAGAUACAAGAUCUAGGUGGCUGGACAAAUCCUCUCAUUGUGAACUGGUUCGGAGACUACGCGAGAGUGAUAUUCUCUCAGUACGCCGACCGCGUCAAGACCUGGCUCACCAUCAACGAAGCCAUUGCGAUCUGCGACUUCGCUUUCAAUAAAGGCCAUUUCGCUCCUAAAAUAAAGGAGCCAGAAUUCGCACCUUUUCUCUGCAAUAAACACAUUUUGCUGGCGCACGCGACCGCUUAUAGAAUAUAUGAUCAAGAGUUUAGGCCAAAGUAUAAAGCUCGGAUAUCGCUUCCGAACUUCGAAUUGUUGAUAAAACCAGCUACAGAAAACGAUACGGCGUUAGCAGAUUUGGGAAGGCAGCAUGCGACAGGCAGAUACUCGUAUCCAAUAUUCUCAAAGCAGGGUGGUUGGCCGCCAUCGAUUGAGAAGCUGAUGCUACAAUAUAGCUUGGGACAAGGAUAUCGGCACUCCAGGUUGCCGUCAUUCACAAAAGAUGAAAUAGAAUUUGUCAAAGGAACAGCUGACUUCUACGGCAUUAAUCAUUACAAAACAAGUCUGAUCAGACCGGCUAAGCCCGGAGAGGGCCCGGGAAUUUGGUUCUUGACCGGGUCUCCGGAACUAAACGCCACCUUGGAGUUCCAGACAGAUAGCAAAGUUGCCAACUCACCUAUAUUUCCAGUCUAUCCAGAAGGCAUCCGGGAACUGCUAUCCUGGAUAAAGCAGGAGUACGGAGACAUCGAUAUCCUGAUUACUGAAAAUGGCUUUGGCUACUUAACCAACGAUUAUGAGCUUAAUGAUGUGGAUAGAACACAAUUAUUCAAGGAAUAUUUGGAACAGGUAUUGCUCUCCAUAAAAGUGGACAACGUCAGCGUCAUAGGAUACACCGCGUGGUCUCUCAUUGACAACUUCGAGUGGCUGGAUGGAUAUUCAGUAAAGUUCGGUAUCCACGAGGUCGACUUCUCUCAUCCGAACCGAACGCGCACCCCGCGCACGUCAGCGCACUACCUCGCUUGCGUCAUCCGCGCGCGCUCGCUUGACGUGCCCGACCACUGCUACAAGGACAAAUACUUGGCUGACAGAGCACGGAUAGGUUACAGAAGUGGAAGUCAUAAGACACAAGCUGGAUUGUUUAUUAACUUUAUUUUAAUAGCUACAAGCUGUGUUUUUCGAUAAUUUUUUUACAUCAAUUAAUUAACAGCCAUGCCCGACAUGCCCGAUAUGUGGAAUAUGUCUUUUUUAAAGAGGGUCUUACACGCGGGUGAAGUUUCAGGUGUCAGCUAGUUAGCAUUACUUUAACAGAUACAAGCUUUGUUUUUUGAUGAAUUUUCAAUCAAUCAAUAUAACAACCGUACUCGACCACUUGGUCGGCAGAGCACGGAAAAGUCACUUUAAAGUGUUUUUCAGAUAGCAUGGGUACGGUGACAGUUGCCUUAUGACGUUCAUAAUACGUAUUAUUAUCGUGAAUCGCGGUAAACUUUCAAGAGUGAAACGAACUGUCACCGUACCCAUGCUAUUUGAAAAACACUAGUAGCCACAUGUGGCUACACACAAGCGGUGUUUUAAUUAACAUAUAUGUUUAGUCGUCGUUAUCAACCCAUAUACGGCUCACUGCUGAGCUCGAGUCUCCUCUCAGAAUUAGAGGGGUGUGGCCAAUAGUCCACCACGCUGGCCCAAUGCGGAUUGGCAGACUUCACACACGCAGAGAAUUAAGAAAUUCUCUGGUAUGCAGGUUUCCUCACGAUGUUUUCCUUCACCGAUUAAGACACGUGUUUUUUUUAAGAAAAUGUUUUUAGUACAUAGCCUUAAUAAAAUAAUAUUUUUUAUAAGCGUUGAUAUUAUAUUUAUGUAAGUAGGUAUAUAUUUGUAAGAAUUGGAUAUUAAAAAGUUUACUAUAAUGUUUUCCUUUUAAGCAACGAUAAAAGAAAAACGGAGUAGGUACUUAGUAUAUUUUUAAUUUAUGUAUAAUUAUGAAAUUAUUGAACGAUAUUAUUUUCUACCAACUGAUUAGUUUGAAAUCGGUGCCAAGCCCGUGUUGUGUUGAUUUAAGUCUUCAGUGAAAAAAUCAAAAAACUAAAGCAAGUGCAAAAGUUUUCUGUAAGUUAUAAUUUUCAAAUUAUUCAAACAAUAAUUAAUAAUACAUUAUUGUACCUACGAAAUCGAUUUUCAUUAUAGCGAUAAUGUCAUAGGUGACUUAUUUAAUAUACGCGGUUGAAAAGCGGUUUAUUUUGCAUAUUAAUCUUUACUAAUAUUAUAAAGCUGAAGAAAUUGUUUGUUG